UAAUAAAAUAUGGAGGGAGUAAAAAGUAAGGACAAGUGGGUAUAUAAAAUGGGUUAAGGUCACGUGAUAUUGAUCCUAAGCUCGUACCCCGGAGAAGCUCUGAAAAUUUCACCACCCAAAAAUAGUGAAAUGAAAAAUAUUUAGGCUGUUAUGUGAAAGUACUCAGCUUAUAGUUGAAGCCAUUGAAUUACAUAGUCUCAUAGGACCCACGCAUGCGACGUGCCAGUCUCUCCUUCCAUCAUCGGAUGCGGCGCCUCGCAAAAUAUCUCGGAGCUUCACCGGAAAGAAAGACACUUUGCUCUCUCAUUAAUAAAAAAAGUAAGAGAGGCAAAGCAGCAUAGAGAGCACACUAAUCUCACCCAACCCCACUCCCCUCUUCUGUAACCCAUUAUCCUGUCACUACUACCACUUCAAUUUAUCAACUAUGGAGUACUAACACACACACGUACCCAUCACUAUUUUACUCCCUCUGUUUUCGAAAGAUGUACGAGUACUUGUUUAAUCCUCAUCAACGAUUUUAAGGUUAAAUCGUAAAUUCUCAUUAAUGUGGUAUAUAAAAAGUACUGUGUAUGUAAAAAAAAAAAUAUACAGAGUCGUAUGUACAAUUUUAUUCAAAUCGUUUCAAUAUGUAAUAUUGUCAAUUGCAAAAGCACGUUGAAAAGUGUAAAAAAAAAACCAAUAAAUAUAAAAAAAAAGUAAAAAAAAAAUUAUGCAUCAAUUUUACUUUACACUAUUCACAAAUACUAUUUCAAAUUCCUGACGAUGUUGUAUAAAGUACUCGUAUUAUGUAUAUACUUGUUUAUCAAUUCAAAUUCCCAAUGUAUAAUUUUAUGAUACUCGUAUGAUUUUACAGCACUCUAUAUUAUUUAUACUCGUUUAUAUUGAUCAACAUUUUGUGUUAAAUAAAAACAAAAAAAAAAAAAAAAAUUUAAGAUCCUAUAAAAAAGCACUACUAUUCAGUAAAAUGAACUUGUUCGUCAAAUUUACAAGCGAUACAACAGUAUUCCGUUAUUUUCUCUCUCCUACCCACAUACCCUCCUCUUAUCUCCUUUUUCUUCUUCAUCCUCAACACUAUACUUAACUGUAUAUCUCUUCAUUUCAUUUCAGUGACUCGUGCUAUCAAAGUAGUUGGAAACCAAAUAUUCUUCUUCUCUUUUCCCUUUUUAUUUUCUAUCCUUUCUCAGUAAAAAGAAAAAAAAAACUCAGCUUUUUCUCUCUCCUCCCUCUAAAAAACACCUUUCUCAUUUUUAGAGAGAGAAAACAGAGAUUUUGUGCUCCGUGCUUAUUGUUUACUUACCCAAAGAUUUUCUACAUUUGAAUUGCUUAGCUUCACAUAGAAGCGGUUGUUUACUUUCCAGUUUCCACUACUUUAUAUCAUCUUCUUCUUAUUUCUUUAUUCCUCCAUUUCUCAACGAUUCUCUUCUUCUCUCCUCGCUUUUAUCUCUAUAUCACGCCCGCUUUGCACGCCCUCUUCUUUCUAUUAAAUGUAAAAAGGAAAACCAACGCAAUAAAUCAAUCUAAGUUCGUGAAAAAAUAGAAUAUCAUGGAGUCGUCUCCGAAGAUACUCCAGCCUGUUAAGUUUACUGAGCAUAAGAAUCAAACAACUCUCCACAAAAAACCCCGAAAUAAAUCGUCUGAGAAAUUUCAUCAUCAUCACUCUGUUUUUCCUAAAAUAGUAAGAAUCUCUGUUACCGACGGAGAUGCGACUGAUUCUUCUAGUGACGAGGAGUACUCCGACGACUCUCGACGACGUCGCGUAAAGAGGUUUGUUAACGAGGUUAACAUCGAGCCUUGUUCUUCUUCUUUUUCUUCAGAUUUUUUAAGGGAGAGUGAGGAGGCUGCUGUUGCGGUGCGAACAAACGGUGUCGUUUCGAGGAGGCCGAAGAAGAGAGGGAAAAGUUCCUCUUCUGUGAAACACACUAAUACUUUAAAUGUGAAUGUGAAUGGAGGUAAGAAGUUCAGAGGAGUGAGACAGAGACCGUGGGGAAAAUGGGCGGCGGAGAUUCGAGAUCCUCUCCGCCGUGUACGGUUGUGGUUAGGCACUUACGACACCGCCGAGGAAGCUGCUAUGGUCUACGACAACGCUGCUAUUCAGCUCCGUGGACCCCACGCGCUCACUAACUUCUCCACCCCUAAUUCCGACAAGGAAACUCAGAAACAACCUCAACAAAAACAACAACAGCAAAAGAAGCUUUCACUCUCCACCACGUCAUCCUCCAUUGACGACGACGACGACGGGUCCCACCACCGCCCAUCCGUUUAUUCUCCGACUUCAGUUCUACGCUUUCAACCCGAACCCGUUAGCCCGAAGGAGGAGGAGGUAGUAGUGGUAGUCAAAGAGGAGGAACAACAAAAUGUUGAGUUAUUGGGGAACCCGUGUUCGUCACCUUACGUGUCGUGCGUUGAUUCGUUGUUUCCAAGUGGGUUCUUUGAUUUUGAGAAUACGGUUCCGAGUGUACCCGACUUGUUUGAGCAAACGGCUUUGGGUUGCGACGGCGGACAGGUGUUCGGUGAGGAUUGUAAGUAUGGGAUGUUUCUGGACUGUGCCGAUGAUCGUCACGAUUAUUUCGGGUUAUCGGGUUGGUCUACUAAUGAUUAUUUUCCAGAUAUUGGAGAUAUAUUUGGGUCCGACCCACUUGUUGCUCUUUAAGUUUUUUUUUUCGCCUUAAUUAGUUUUUUUGCCUAAUAAUUUGGCAAAAAGAAGGUUUUGUAAACAGUAAUGAGUGAGGAAAAAAAAAACGGAUUUUUCACCAAAUACCACUGAGUUCUUUCGUAAUUCACAAUAUACCACACAAAAUUUUCUAAUACACCAAAUAUCACUGAGUUUUAGGGAAAUGUCACAACAUACCAUUAAUGACUAA